UCUUUUAUUGGGGAUGGUCAGAGCUUUUGAAAAUUCCUACAGUUUGUGGGAAUUUUAAGAAAAAAAGACAUUGGCAAGGAUACAACUGAAAUGUUUUGAUCUGUGUGAGAAAAAUACUAUUCAUUCAAACAAUGCAGUAUAUUGGACCCUCACUUCUUUUCAUGCAUUUGGGUCUAGUUGUUCAUAUCUUUAGAUGUUCUUGUCCGAGGAACCCAUGCCUGAAGAAGUACAAACAAUCUGCUGCUCUAACCAUGUGUGAAGGAAACUUGUUCAACCAGUCAUCAUUUGCCUCAAGGUUACAUUAUGUGGCAAAGUAUAAAAGACCUUUAUUUUUAAAUAUUGACAGUUUAUUGAAAAAUGAAUUAAAAACAAAUUCUUUGAGACAGUUGGUGGCUGUGGAUUACAAUGUACACCAUUUUAGAACUACAAACUGGUGGUGCCAGUUAUUGGGUGUGUACAUGACGCAUGGCUGACAAAAAAAAGAGAGAGAGAGAGAGAGAAAGGGGUGGAGUUUGGAUAGUGUACUGUCUUUACAGUAAGUGUUUACAGAGCGACAUGAUAAGACGGGACGUGUAUUUUCCUCUUUAAUGUGUUUCUCUGGUCUACUUUUUACUUUCUGCAUCCUGCGCAUCUGAAUGGAAUGGGCCAUUGAAAGGUUUACAGUCUGUUUUGUGAGGGGUGUGUCACCUUUGACACCGGCUCACUAUUUUUCACGGUGGAAACUCCACACGAUCACGGACAGAGACUGAUAUGUGGUUUUUUGGUGGAACUCUAAGAUGAGCCACAAAGGCUUUUAACCUGGUGAAGGAUAUCAGCGAUGGAAAAAGUGAACGAACUUGCACCUGUUGUUGUUAAAAGGAAGAGCGCGGGAAGUGGUAAAGAUGUUUGCAAGUCAACCACACAGGCACAGAAGUUUGAAUGGAUCAGCAAGUACGACAAAGCCCCCAGAAGCCAGGGAGUUGUCAAAAAGGCCCUUGCUCCCCUGGGCACAACACUCACUAAACUCAACCAGCACCGGAAAACAGAGAAAUCGUCACACGAAAAGGAGACCGGUGCCCACAGCGGCACACAAAAGUCCAAACCCGCCUAUUCCGUCCCAGAGAGUCAACCCAGUCGCGAGGACCGGGAUGACCUGGUGCGCUCCUCCAGCCACACCACCUCCAACAAAGCUCAGAUACUGGCCAUGCCACAGUUUGGCCUGCGAGACAACCUCAUCAAGUGUGAACUGCUGAAGAAUGAGGUCCUUUACACUUACACAGCGGACUUCAGCAUUUUUCUCGGCACGUACAAUGUGAACGGACAGACGCCAAAGGAAAGCCUCCGUCCUUGGCUGAGCUGCACUGCGAACCCUCCUGACAUGUACUGCGUGGGUUUUCAGGAGCUUGACCUCAGCAAAGAGGCUUUCUUCUUCAAUGACACCCCCAAGGAGCUGGAGUGGACAAAGGCUGUGUCAGAGGCCUUGCAUCCAGAUGCCAAGUAUGCCUUAGUGAAAUUGGUGCGACUGGUGGGCAUCAUGCUGAUCUUCUAUGUGAAGAAUGAGUAUGCAGAGUUCAUCUCUGAUGUGGAGGCUGAGACUGUGGGCACUGGCAUUAUGGGAAGGAUGGGAAAUAAGGGUGCUGUGGCAGUCCGUUUUCGCUUCCACAACUCUGAUAUCUGCGUGGUGAACUCUCACCUCGCUGCCCACCUUGAAGAAUACGAGAGACGUAAUCAAGACUACAAGGACAUAUGCGGUCGUCUCCAGUUUCGACAGCUUGACCCUUCCCAGCCUCAACUUACUAUCAUGAAGCAUGAUGCGAUUUUCUGGAUUGGAGACCUCAACUACAGGAUCAGUGAACUUGACGUCUCAAACGUGAAGGAGCUAAUAGACAAAAAGGACUUUGAAACACUGCACAGUUAUGAUCAGCUCAAGAGGCAGAUCGAUGAGGAGGCUGUGUUUGUUGGCUUUGUGGAGGGAGAGAUUGUUUUCCAGCCUACCUAUAAAUAUGACACCGGCUCUGACAAGUGGGAUACAAGUGAAAAAUGCCGCGUCCCUGCGUGGUGUGACCGUAUCCUGUGGAGAGGAAAGAACAUCAUGCAGCAGCAUUAUCAGAGUCACAUGACUCUGAAGACCAGUGACCACAAACCAGUCAGUUCCCUGCUUGUCAUCGGGAUCAAGAAAGUAAAUGCUGAGGCCUAUAAGAAGACCUUUGAAGAGAUUGUACGCAAUAUAGACAAAAUGGAGAAUGAGUGCAUUCCAUCUGUAACUUUGUCCAAGCGAGAGUUCCACUUUAAGGACGUGAAAUACAUGCAGCAACAGGCAGAGACGCUGCGCCUCUUCAAUGAUGGUCAGGUCCCUUGUCAGUUUGAGUUUAUCCAGAAGCCAAAUGAGCCCACAUACUGCAAACCAUGGCUCACAGCCAACCCUCCCAAAGGCUUUAUUGCUCAGGGUGGUUCUGUGGACAUUGAGUUUGAGGUUUUUGUAAACCGCUCAACGGCGCCUGAACUUAACUCUGGAAAGGAGCAGAUAGAAGACAUCCUCGUGCUCCACCUGGAGCGUGGCAAGGACUACUUCAUCUCUGUGACAGGAAACUACCUGCCCAGCUGCUACGGCUCCUCCAUCCAUUCAUUGUGCCAACUAAGGGAGCCCAUCCAGGACAUGCCCCAAGAGACCCUCCGUGACAUGGCGGAGAGGUCUGGAGAUGAGAAUGGAACAUACACUGAAAAGCCUCUAGACAUUCCUAAAGAACUCUGGAUGAUGGUGAAUCACUUGUUCCUCAAAGCAAUUCAUCAGGAAGACAUAUUUCAGCAACCUGGGCUCCGAAGUGAAUUUGCAGAAAUAAGGGAUUGCCUCGACACUGGCAUUCCAGAUUCUCUCCCGGGCAGUAACCACUCGGCAGCAGAGGCCUUGCUUCUCUUCCUAGAUGCCCUACCAGAGCCGGUGGUUCCUUACUCCUUCUACCAGCAGUGCCUAGAAAGCUGCUCCAAUGCCAGUCAGUGUGAGAAAAUUAUUUCCAUGCUACCUCAGUGCCACAGAAAUGUGUUCAACUAUUUAGCUGCCUUUCUCCGUGAGCUGUUGAAGAAUUCUGCAAACAAUCGAUUAGACGUCAACAUCUUGGCCACCAUUUUUGCGUCCUUGCUCCUGAGGUCACCCACCAAGCAGGAUCUUGCCGAAAAGAGGAAAACUCAGGAGUUCUUCCAGCACUUCCUGGCUGAAUCCUCCUAGACGGAGGACCCUCUUGUCAUUUAUGCUGAAGCUGAACACUAAAAACUGUACAGUCCAGUAUUUGAAAUAAACUUUAAUAAUUUCUUAUAUUCCUAGAUGGCUGUUUGUAUAGAUAUGUAGUAUGAUUAUAGUAAUGACUCUUAUCUGAUAUUAAUUGUUUCAUGCACAGCAAGGUUUGUGAUCUUUGAAUGCACAGAGUUUAUUAUAUACCAUUGAGCAUCUGUAGAGACGUAACCAUUUUAAAUGUAUGUAUAUUUUAUUUAAACAAAAGAAAAAAGUAUUUUAAUGUUUCUGAUCUCAACCGCAAGUUUUAUACAUAAAAUGGUUAGAAACAAUG